AUGAAGAGCUUAGCAAUUUUCUCAAAAAGCUCCAUUGGCCUACUGGUAAUUCUCCUUGCAACAAUUUGCUUGGUGACUGAAGCUCAGAAAUGUCGUCCAAGUGGUCAGAUUAGAGGAAGGAAGCCCCCUGCUGGACAAUGCAACAAGGAGAAUCAAUCUGACUGCUGCGUUGCCGGCAAAAUGUACCCAACCUACACAUGUUCACCACCAUUGUCCGGGAGCACCAAGGCCUACCUAACUCUCAACAGUUUUGAGAAAAAUGGAGAUGGCGGCGGUCCAUCAGAAUGUGACAACAAAUACCACAAUGACAACACACCAGUUGUGGCAUUGUCCACUGGAUGGUACAACAAUGGAGGAAGGUGCCAUAACAACAUCACAAUUAGCGCUAACGGGCGCAGCGUGGUGGCCAUGGUGGUGGAUGAGUGUGACUCUACUGAGGGAUGUGAUGCCGACCAUGACUACCAACCUCCUUGUCCUAACAACAUUGUUGAUGCUUCAAAGGCUGUCUGGAAAGCCUUGGGUGUGCCUGAGGACAACUGGGGUGGCUUAGAUAUCACAUGGUCCGAUCAAUGCCGUCCAAGCGGCAGAAUUAGAGGAAGGCAGCCUCCUCCUGGACAGUGCAACCAGGAGAACGACUCUGACUGCUGUGUAGAAGGCAAAAUGUACCCAACCUACCGAUGCUCGCCCCCAUUGUCCCGGCAUACCAAGGCCUACCUCACUCUCAACAGCUUCGAGGCAGGCGGCGAUGGGGGCGGUCCAUCGGAAUGUGACAACAAAUACCACAAUGACAGCAACCGAGUUGUGGCUUUGUCCACUGGAUGGUACAACAACGGAGGAAGGUGCCAUAACCACAUCAGAAUUGAUGGUAACGGGCGCAGUGUGGUGGCCAUGGUGGUGGAUGAGUGUGACUCUAUGGAGGGAUGUGAUGUGGAUCAUGAUUAUCAACCUCCAUGUCCUAACAACAUUGUUGAUGCCUCAAAGGCUGUUUGGGAAGCAUUGGGUGUGCCUCGAGGCCAAUGGGGUGGCUUAGAUAUCACAUGGUCUGAUGCUUAGUUACAUUACUGUCUGUUGCUUGAUGUCUUUUUAUGGUGGAAUGUGUUCUUAGCAGUUCUUUAAUGUAUUAGCUAUAUUGAAUCUUCUGUUAAUGUGACACGGAAUUUUUGUC